UUAACUAUCUAUCAAGAAAUGGAAUUAUAAUGAAAGCACAGUGCUAGCAUAGUUGUGAUGCUGAUUUUGAGAUGAUAAAAAUCAGGUUGAAGAACGUUAUAUACUAUACAUAUAAUGUUAGUUAGGUCUGACGUUUGUUCUGUGUAAAGUAGGCUAACGUACAAAAGCUAAUAUUAAUUAAACUCUGUCAAGGAAAACAUUGUAGCCUAAAGUUAUUUUGAAUGUUACAGAAAUGAAGAGGAAAGGUAGCAUAUGCAGUUUUUUCUCACCAAAGAGAAAGGCGAGAGAAAUAGAAAAUGAACAUCUGAGCAAGGUAGACGGAGAAGCUGAGGAGGAAGGAGAGAGAAAAGAGGUGGAAGGAGAGGACGAAGACGAGGUGGAGAGAAAAGGGCAACAGAAAUGUGGCACAGAUAGAACACAAGGCCAAGGCGACCAGGGACAGGAGGAGGUGGGAGAACACCACAGCGGUGAAGAUAUGGAGGGAGAGCAUCACCAAAAUGAGGAGGGAGAAAGCGAGAGACAAGAUAAUGUGCAGGGCUCAGACAGUGAAAGGGAAAGGAGAGUGCCUGGGCCAUCACCAACGAUCUCCAGUCGAGCUGGUCCACAUGAUGUAUCCAAGUCCAGGUGUGAGGUGCCAGUGCAGCCAAUGCGCGAGAGUUUCCCUAAAACCCUCCAGGGAGGAGCCAGGAGAAGCUUCCGCAGCGACUGGUACAAAUCUCAUCCCUGGUUAGAAUACUCGCAAUCGAAAGAUGCAGCUUACUGUUUUGCUUGUAGACAUUUUUCCCUCCCCGAUGCUCCAAGGACUGUUUUCACCUCAUUCGAGGGUUAUAGUAACUGGAAAAAGGCUACAAUGAAAGACAGUGGUUUCUGUUCUCAUGCCAGAUCUGAAGGCCAUGUAAAUGCAAUGUUCGCAUGGACAGAGAACAAGAAAAUUAUGGAUAAAAAUACCUCAAUGUUUGGACUAAUGGAUGAGCAAAAAAAGAAGCAGGUGGCUGAAAAUCAAUACUACAUUAAAACAUUAGCUGAAAUUUUAGUUUUAACAGCCACAGAAAACAUAGCACAGCGGGGUCACAGGGAGUCUCUCGACUCAGAAAAAAAAGGUGUUUUUCUGUCUAUGUUAGACCUACUGGGUAACCAUAACCCCAUCAUUAAAAAAAGACUUGAACAACAAGCUAAAAAUGCAAAAUACACGAGUAAAACAAUACAGAAUGAAAUACUUGAGUGCUUGGCUGCAAUGGUCAAAGAAGAAAUCAUCCAGGAAGUUAAAACGAGCAAGCAGUUUUCAGUUAUUGUUGAUGAAACUAAAGAUGUUCAGAAAAAAGAGCAAAUGUCAUUUGUUCUGAGAUAUUUUUACAACGGUGUGGUACAUGAAAGCUUUCUGGAGUUUGAAGUGGCAGAACACCUGGAUGCUGCCUCCUUAAGUGACAAGAUUAUCUUCUUCCUUGAGAAGCAUGGGCUGGAGUACAAGAAAAACCUUGUAGGCCAGGGCUACGAUGGUGCAGCAGUGAUGCGCGGGGCACAUGCAGGUGUUCAGGCUAAAAUAAAAGAAGUAGCCAAACAUGCCUUCUAUGUUCACUGUAGUGCACACUGCUUGAACUUAGUUAUAGUAGACGCUGUAAAAAGUGUGGCAGAUGCAGGAAACUUCUUCUCAUUAAUGGAACGACUGUAUGUAUUCAUGUCUGGGUCUUAUGUACAUAACAAAUGGCUGGAAGUGCAGCGGGAGAUGUUUGAUGGUGUACCAAGGGAACUCCAACAGCUAAGUGAUACACGUUGGGCCUGUAGGCACAUAGCAUGUCGCAAUGUUAUGGACAGGUUGCCUGCAAUAGUACAGGUGCUUGAAGAGAUCGCAUCUGAGAACUAUCCACAAAGAGCUGUAGAAGCAAGAGGGAUAUUGGCUCAAAUUGAUCUGAAUUUUGCUGGAUGUCUUGUUCUGUUCAGAAAGGUCCUGAGUGACUCCAAGUUUUUAUCAGACAUGUUCCAGUCUAAAACAGUGGACUAUGCUAAGGCUGUUGAACUUAUUGAAGCACUUAAAGAGACACUGGUCCAUUGUAAUAAAGUGCUGCACUUGGAUCCGACCGUCUCUGUCCGUACGUUACAGAAGACUUCGCCAAACAUGGAUCCAGCAGACUUUCAGCAUCUAUCCACCGUGGUCAAGACCCGAGCUUCCAUGCUAGCCUCUCAUCGUUCUCAGUUGGCGAGACUAACUUCUCUCCUCGAGGAACUAGCAAGCUCCAUGCAAACCUGGUCUACGCAGAGCUCAAGCACAACGGCUAAUCAAGCCCGAACUGCCGCUGCACCUGUUCCACCGCAACCCAGUGUGAGUACCGCAUCUGACUAUCUCAGUCUGGCAUUUCCUGACAAGUUUGAUGGCUCACCUGUGGCGUGUGAGGGAUUCCUUCAGCAGUGCAGCGUAUACAUGAAUCUUCAGCCCCAGUUGUACACCUCGGAUGACGACCGCGUUUCAUUCAUCUGCUCACUGCUCACUGGAAAGGCUCUGGAGUGGGUCGGUACAUUCUGGAAACCAGGUCGGAUGUCGUUCCCUUCUUAUGAGGUGUUUAUCGCCCUAUUCAGAGAGGCUUUUGAACUCCCCGCAGGAGAAGAUCCUGAGGAACUGCUCUUGUCCCUGCGUCGGGGAGGUUCGUUUGCGGCUGAUUACUCUCACUCGUUCCGCACGCCGCUAAAGCCUCAUCUCCACAAACUGUUCGAUCCUUCCUUGAUGACCGUCAGAGGGGCUUUCAAGUUUACCGUUCCUGCCAAACCCACCCAUCGUAUCGGACCCCUCGAGCCCGUAUUCCGCACUGGUUUUGUUAAACUUGCCAAUCCAGAUACAGCGGAGGUUUCGCCGGCCGAACUGGAGUUUGAGCACGUGCCAGCCGACUCGAAAGAAUCGAAUCCCGAGUCAAGCCCCAGGUCUCUCCAUGGGGCUGACCUCCUGCCUCUCCACGGGCCUGGCCCUCCAUCCCAUCCCCCGUUGACCUCCCCCCAGAGCUCUUAG